AAGUAGGUAUAAUAGCCAUAGGAGUCAAUUACUGAAAAUGCGCCAGGUUCGGCGAAGCACCUGCACACCGCUUGGCAACGCACGGAGGCAAAGUCUACGAGGCGCACGGAAAUGACACGUCUGUAUUUCACAACUCUUGCGAUAGCGCUCCUAGCAGGGAGCGCUUGGCUGCAGCACCAGGUCGCAGCACAGGCUUUGCUGCGCAGCUCGGACCUGGGCAUCAGUACUUGCAGCUUGCAGGGCGAGGUUGAAGACAGCCCGGCGCUGCUGCACAUCUUUCUGACAGCGUGCACCGGGCCACCGGUGGCCAGCGCUAGUGGUAGCGGUACGGGAGGUGGCCCUUCGCGUGCCUCGAACUCCAGCUCCCUGACCCUCUACAUCUCGGGGCACUUUUUCCUGCACAAUCCCACGGAGCAUGUGAAGACAACCCAAAUCAGCAUGUCUGGCACCACCAAGACGUGGGCCAGCAAGCCGGGGGCGCUGCGGCUCGUCUCGCCUCACACGGGCCGCACCUGGAAACUGCGGCUGCAGCUGUGCCAGCCCUGGACCAACGUGUACAGGCGGAGGUACCCCGGCCGGCUGUCCGCCGCGCUGACGGACCUGGACCCGGUGGACGCAGCGCUGCUGGAGUUCCACGUCAUCGCGCGGCCCGGCUUCCACACCUUCUGCACCUUCCUGGCAGCCACCGCACGAGCGCCCGCAUGGCCGCCGCUGCAGCCGCCGCCCUUUGAUAAGCUCCUAGCCGCCGGGGCCGGCGGCGCUAGCCGUAUUAGCAGUAGCAGUAGCGGUGGUGGAGGCGACGGCAUCGGGCCGCAGAAGUGCGGGUGGCUGGAUGCGGAGGGGCGGGAGAUCACGGACUUGGUGGCGGCGGAGGCGGCUGACAAGCUGCGUUCGUACAUGAUCAUCUCGCCCUUCUUCGGCCUGCCUGCGGGCGAGUACGCCAGCCUGCUGCUGCAGCACAUGCGCUACCACGACGUGCUGGGCGUGCGGCGCUACCUGGUGUAUGUGGAGGCGGGGGCCAGCGCACUGGCGGCGGAGCCCAGGGUGCAGGCCCUGGUGUCGGCAGGCCGCCUGCGGCUGGUGUACUGGCAGGAGCUGCCCAGCUUCAUGGACGGCAACCGGAAGCAGCGACACCCCUACGCCUCACAGAUCCUGAUCUACAACCACGGGCUGCUGGCUCUGUGGCCCGAGCUGGCGGUGGCGGCCAUCGCGGACGUGGACGAGUACCUGGUCACGCCGCAGCCGACCACGAUGGCGCAGGUCAUGACGCAGUGCGGCGCGCCGGGUGCGGCCGAGGAGCACAGUCGGAAGCGGAGGCAGCGGCGGCGGGCACAGGAGGGCCAGGGCCUGGAGGCGGCGCCGGCGGCGGCAGGCGGGGGCGAAGGUGACGAUGAUGAGGACGAGCUGCCCACCGCCAUCCUGUACAUCAAGCGACGCGCGGCGUUUUGCACGGGCUGCUGCGCUUGUGACUCCAGAGCUGCCAGUGGCAGUAGCAGUAGCAACAGCAUCAGCAGAAGCAACCCUAGCAGCCGCAAUGGCGGCAGCAGCAGUAGCAACAGCGGCCGCAUGCUGUCGCUGCGGGCAGGGGACCUGCUGGCGGCGCACAUGGCUGUAGAGAGGCCCAUGUGGGUGGCCGGCGCGAGUGGCGGCAGUGGCGGCAGUAGCAGUGGCAGUGGCAGUAGCAGCAACAGCAACAGCAGCAGUAGCAGCAGCGCCUCUGUGAUCCUGGCCUCAGCCUUCCGGGCCGCCAUGGCCGCCGGGGGUCAGCUGCUGGCAGGCGACGUCCGCAACAGCAGCGCCCCUGCCGCCGGCAGUGGCAGCACUGGCAGCAGCCGUAGCACUGGCAGCGGUAGCAGCACUGGCAGCAGUAGCAGCAGUAGCAGCUUGCGGCUGACGCACCCGCUUGUGCUGUACGGCGGCGAUGUGGUGGACAUGCAGGAGAGCGUGGGCAUCAGCCUGCCCAAGUCCAUAGCGCUGCCGCACCGCACCGCCUACACCAACCCCCACACGCCCUUCCCCAUGAACCUGCUGCUGCCCGGUGACCGCCAGACGCCCGAGCAGGCGGCGGCGGAGGUGGCGCCGCGCGGCGUGGCGGGCUUCACGGGGCCGCGCAUGCAGCGCGUGGCCACGGCCCGGAGCGAGUGCGCGCACUGGCUGCACCUCAGGGCGCAGGUGAGCGCGCGGGUGCCCAAGCCCGACCCGGCGGGGCGUGUGGCGCUGGAGCGCAUCCCGCGCCACUUCCUGUGGGUGCUGGACCGCCUGCAGCCGCUGCCGGGGGCGGAGGCGGAGGGGGAAGGGGAGGGGGCGGAGGCGGCAGAAGAGCAGGGGGAGGAGGAGGCGGAGGCGGCAGAAGAGGAGGGGGAGGAGGAGGGGAAUGGGGAAGAGGGGGAGCAGGAAGAAACGGAGUAGGGCUGAGCGGAGCCUGCAGCACUCUACGGCGUCGCGAUGCAAGGGGGCAAAUACAAGUGGCGGAAGCGGGUGACACGCGGGCUCACGACUUGUCCAGGGCCGAACUUGUGCGGCAGCAGCAGUCGGCUAGCCGCAGAUUGAGGUGUGGGACAGCGGUACGGGGGAGCCGCUGCGGGCAAGGAAGGCCGCACGCUGGCACGCAGCUCACGAGGUAUGGUAGGCGGGCGGGGGCUCUCGGCUGCAGGCGGCGAGACGACGUGGAGUGUACCCGCCAGUGCUGGAGAGCGUCCGCGAAGCUGCAGCAGCAGACGGGGUGAAUGUAUGAAGGGGAGGCGGGACGGCCUGCAUGUGAUCUGUGUAGGACGGUGUCGGUGGUAGCAACGCAAUGUCCUUGCGUGCGGCUGAGGGGCCACGAAGGAGCUGAAAGCGCAGGAGCAAGCAUUCCUGCAUUGGGAAGGCCUAUCUCACUUGCAGAGAGGACUGCGGCAUUGGAUCGGGCUUGGUGGCUGCAUUGAAACGAUGUGAAGGGCAUGCAUGCCGAACGCUUUGUGUACGUCGUGAGGCUGUAGUGAUUUCGCGUCAUAGAAGAAUGGGUAGAGAGACACGCUGGUAAGUACUGCAACACGAUAAUGGGACAAUGUUAUAGAUUCGCGCUUUCGUGUGAUGACAGUCCAAUGCUGAAUCAGCCGGUAUGGGUACUUUGGUACAGGGGCGGCGAGGUUAAAGUGCCGAAAGUGGCGACGACCUGGGUUCGACAGUGUGCAUACUAAGGAGGGUAGGCGGAGCCGAGGCAGCGCCGCGGUAACAGCUUGACAUCGCGUGCUCUGACGGUAUUUGGGUAUGAGGAAGCAGGGAGAGCCGAGGAGCCAAUCAUGUGCGGUGCAACCCGUGUCCCGCAUGCCAUGGCCCAAUCUUGUCCGUCUGCAGCUAGCAUCCAAGUGUCGCCUCCAGCUUUGGGGGUGUUGUGCCCGGCUGUGGGCGUGACAGUGGGCAGAAGCUGUGUUAGGGCCAGCGGGGUUAGGAUGAUACCGGUACCCAGUCCUUGGCAGCGGGGGCGAGCGAGCGAGUCGGGGUCAGGGUUUGGGGUCCGGCCAGAGUCGUGACACUGACAGGGUGGCGAACUGACCGGUUACUAGGUAUAUAUACUAGUACAAUGCAUAUAGUGGCACACCGAGCUAUACCAGAGCCAGCCUCUGGGAUCCUCUCUAUAGCUCAGCUGGAAGAGCGAAGGACUGUAAUCGUGAUGGAGA